GUCAAACAGUAUGAGUGAAAGUCCCAAAGAUAUGUCUAUUGAAGAAAAUGUUCCCAUGUUGUUGGAAGAUACUGCUUCACUUCAAAAAGGCUUGUGGAAGGAGAGACCUUUGGACAUUGGUUUGAAACUUCCUUGUCGUUGGCGAGACGGGACUUGGCAAGAGGCUGAAAUUUUAGAAAGGAAGCAAGAUAGCGUUUCCAGUGAAUUUUUAUACUAUGUACAUUAUAGCGGCUUUAAUAGACGUUUAGACGAGUGGGUGGAUAGUGGUAGAAUAGAUUGGAAAGCUAUAGAAGAAGGAAGAGUUCGCUGGAACAAAACUACUUCUAACAAGAAGAAAAAGGAUAAAAAACGCAAAAGUUCCGACGAUACGGAGAACAGAAAGAUAGAACCAGCAAAACUAGAGAAUAUUACUAAAGUGAAAAAUGUUGAUAGAAUUGUAUUGGGAAAGUAUAUUAUGGAGACUUGGUACUAUAGUCCUCUUCCUCCUGAAUAUCAUCAUUGUUCUACAUUAUGGGUUUGUGAGUACACACUCAACUUUCUACGCUCGGAAGCUGCACUCAAGCGAUAUCAACAAAGACACAGCAUUCGAACACCUCCAGGCAAUGAAAUUUAUAGAAAGGAUAACAUUUCAGUAUUUGAAAUAGAUGGGGCUGUACAGAAAUUUUAUUGUCGAAACUUGAGUUAUUUGUCAAAGUUCUUUCUAGAUCAUAAAACUCUGUACUAUGAUGUGGACCCAUUUUGGUUUUACGUGAUGUGUGAAGUGGAUGAAUAUGGAUGUCAUAUCGUAGGUUAUUUUAGUAAGGAAAAGGAAAGCGAAGAUAAUUAUAACGUUGCCUGUAUCCUAACAUUUCCGGCUUAUCAACGCAAAGGAUAUGGAAAAUUUCUCAUUUCAUUUUCUUAUGAACUUUCUAAACUAGAACAAAAAGUAGGUAGUCCAGAGAAGCCUUUAAGUGAUUUGGGCCUAUUGAGUUACCGAAGUUACUGGAGUCAAGUUCUUGUCGAUCUAUUAAAGAAUGAAAAGCAGCCCAUUUCCAUUCAAGAAAUAAGUGAAAGGACGAUGAUGAAAAUGGAAGAUAUUAUUUCUACCUUACAAGUAUUGGGACUUAUCCAAUACUAUGAAGGACAACAUGUACUCGAUCUUCGUCGAAUCGAUAAUAUCAAAUUUGGUAGUAAGGGACUACAAUGCGACUCCUCUUCUAUUCGAUGGACUCCCAAAUUGACAACUUUUAUAAAUAAGUAGCAAUAAAUACAACCAUACUAAAGUCUCCCUAAGAAUUUUUUAAGUCUGCACUUGGCUCUAACUUUCUUUUCUUGUGCUCUUCUAUUUCCCCGCUAGUUUGUCUUGGCUCUUCUUUGUCUCUCUUCCGUUUGCUCUUUCUCUUAUGAGUUUUCUUCAAGUGGGAUGGAAUCUUCAAAGGUUGUUCUUGUUGUAGCCACUUAGGCUCCGUCACUUGAAAAUUA